AUGUCAAGGUACCGUUCAAGCCCUAGCAGCUCAACCGGCAGCUUUGCUCAAAAACUACGAGAUCUCGGCCGACCCAAGCCCAGAAACGAAGAGAAAGAAGCGAAAGACUUCGAGAUCGUCCACACCCCAGACAGACCAGCAAGGCUUGUGGCGGCAAUCGUGGUACCCAGUGAAGAAGAGUGUAGUGAGCAGAUCGCGAGGUGGCGGCGUGCCUCUGCCGACAAACACGUCAGCAUGUUCAGCGGCGGCCCGCAGCAGGCAAACACACGCCCGGGGAGGGUCGAGAAAGAAUCGGCGCUCCAAGCUGGGUUUGUGCUUCCCCUCCUGCCGAGCUGGGACUGCCAGGAGGAGGAGGAUGUCGCGAGACAGGAGACUCCUGAUGGUGCUGACUAUAAACGACAGCAGCGACUCCAAGACACAACUACGGAUUCUCAGCCCGGUAGCACCGCGAGAAGCACUCCAGCACCUUUGUUUUCCGGCGCGGCGAGGGAUCAAGCACCGACCGACCAGUCGCGGAGUCCAAGUCCAGCUCUGGCCACUGUCGCGGGGGACAUCGGCUGGACUGGACCAAGGCCACGUGAAGGUAGGCGCCUUGGUCAUGCAGACGAAGUCUCGGAAAACCCAGUUGACAAGGAGCAACUAGUGCGCAUGGAGCUGUACAGACGCGGCGUCUGUCCAUUCUGUCACAGGUCUUUUGGACAUGACGUCUCGCCCCAGUUCUGCCCUUUCCUGGGCUGCAGGCGGGACCUGACGGUGUGCCUGGAGUAUCCCAGGAGGAGUGAGCCCCAAAAGGCGCCGCCGAGGCUCGCUGAGCGGCAGCUGCUCGACAUCACGUCGAGGGCUGAUAACAGUCUCUUGAGUAACGGGGGAAAUCACGGGAGGCCUGUCCGGCGCGAGGCGGUGCCAGACCUCAGAGUCGAGGGGCCGACACCAACAGACCAGAUACCCGCCAGACCUCUCGCUCCUCCGUCAACCGCUCAGAGACAUCAUCAGAAGUCGUCUUCAGCUCCCAACGCGAUCCGCACCAUCUGGCCAACCCCGGGCGGGAUCUACGACCCGGCGAGGAUCGACCAGCCCCGGGCGCCCCAACGAGAGCGGUACAAGGAGAAGCCGCUGCCCCCGCCGCCCUUCCCGCCGAUCCGGUCAAAAUACCGGCCGACGGCGGCAUCCCUAGCUCCCACUUCAUCCGCACCAGCGACUUCCGCUCCUCCUCCCACAUCCCUCAACGCAUCCAUCGCAGCGCGGCACCAACAGCUCUACUCGCAGCAGCAGCAGCUACAGCACCCCCGCCGCGGCCCCGCCGCCGCGUCCACAACCACAGCCACCAAGAAGAAGACGACAACGACCUCGUCUUCUUCCCUCUCCACAUCCGUCCCCACCACAACCACCACCACCACACCCUUCUCCUCCAAGCCCACAGCUUCCGCCGUCCACCCACCCCCACCACCACCAACAGACGUCCGCGAGCGCCCGCCGCCGGGGAAGAAACGGCCGCCCCAGCCCCCGCAGCAGCCGCAGCCCCGGCCACGACCGCGGCCGCGGUCGUCGUCGACGCCGGCCCUGGGGGACAUUCUGGCGUGGAAGACGCCGGAGGAGCGGGCGCGGUUCGAGAGGGAGAUGCGCGAACACGGGAAUGACGCGGACUUGUUUUUGGAUAUUAUUGAUUUGUAUAGUGAAGAGGAAGGGGAUCAGGGGAGGGGGAGAGGGAGGGGGAUAAGGAGUGGGAGGGGUGGGAGGGGUGAGGGUGGGUGGGUUUAG